UGAGAGCGAACCGACGUGGAUUAUUUCGUUACGAACAACAAACUGCAUUUCUCCUCGAUCGCCGGGAACCAUCGUCGUGUUCCAGUUGUAUUUCAGAUUGUGGAAUUGUACGUAGCAGAUAAACAAGCUAGCGAAAUGGUCAAGUUUGUCCUUGCAUCGGCUGUGCUGUGUUGUGCGCUGAGCUUUGCCGUAGCGAACUCUUGCGCGAACCCAGAUGUGAAAACGAACUUCUAUUCUACCACCGAUGCCACGAUCGUCAGCCAAAUCGGGUUUGUGACGGAGUUCACGCUCAAGUGCUCCAACGCCGGUGCCGAGAAGCAGCCCCUGUUCGCGGAGGUUCUCGGCAAAUUAGCUCCGGCUGUGCGCGUCGGUGACAACAAGUACCAGGUCAGCUGGAACGAAGAAAUCAAGAAGGUUAGCAGUGGCUCGUACACGGUCCGCCUGUUCGACGAGGAAUCCUACGCCGCCGUUCGUAAGGCACAGCGUGCUGGAGAGGACAUUCAGUCGGUGAAGCCGCUCACCACCGUUACGGUUAGCUUCCCCGGCGCGUACAAGGGCCCGUGGGUGAAUUCGGAAAUCCUUGCCACCGGUUUGGUCGGAUUUGUGGCCUACGUUGCAUUCACGACACGGUCAAAGCUCAUGUCGUAAGCUAACUCGCUAGGAUCGUUUGUUUUUUGCUUUUGUGUUGUGUUUGCGGUCGAACCAGCUACCGGUUCUACCGUGUGUUAGCGUACAUUUCCAUCCGAGCUCAUCAACCGGUCGAACUUCAUUCAUACAACAAACAGAAGAAAUCUACUCGUCACUGGCAAGGCAGCAGCGAGGGCCACAUGUUAUACAUCUGCCGCCCUUAUAAAGCGCUUCAACGGGUCAGUUGGAGCCGUUACGUACCUUUGGCUGCCGAUCCCCUUGAACAAAGCAGCGGAGCGGUACAAUUACCGCUGCCACUGCCCAGACUGAACCAGCCCGAUUACCUUCAGUGAAUAAAUCCGCAUGCGUGGCCACUACCUCGGACGGUCACGGAAUAUAAGGCCGGAGUAUCGUUUAAUAGAGAUU